AUGGGGUGUCACCAGUCCAGUUCUCUUCGUCUCGCCGUCGUCUUCUUCUCCAUGGCAGCGGUGGAGAGAGAAUCGAAGGCCAGAAGCUCUGAUUGGUUUGAGCCUCCUCCAGCUUGGGCUUCUCCUGCUUGGCCUGGAGUGUCAAAGAAUGAAUGUUAUGAAGCGUAUGUGCUGCAAUUAUUCAUAUCAUUGAAGUACAUCACAGCAAAUGUUGUCGACAGAAAUAAUGGUCGAAUUGUUGUAACAGCAUCAACAAUUGAACAUUCAGUUAAGGACUCACUGGAGUGUGGGCGCUCUUGCAAUGCAAAGGCAGCUUCAGUUGUUGGAGAGGUGCUUGCUAUGCGACUUAAGGUGGAAGGUCUUGACCAGGGGCAGGUACAAGGAAUUCACGUUAAUGUGAAUAGUGAAGUUGAGAAGAAGGGUUUCAAGAACCGUACCAAGGUAUGGGCUAUUGUUAAUGCUCUUAAAAACAAUGGAGUUAAACUCGUUCUUGAUGAUAAUGAUGAAGACAGUUCGCGGCCAAGUUAGUAAAUAAAAUAAUGUGUUUUACCUUGGUUAUGUUCGAGUAUUGAAUCAUUUUAUGUGGUUUGUUAGGCUUCUACUGAUGUUGAAAUCCAUGAAAAGAUCAAUAUAUACAUUGAAAACUUGUUUCCACCAUAACUUUCUGCAUCAACUGAUUGAAAAAGUUUCCUUUCAAAUCACAGAUUGGAGCUUCAAUUUUCUGUUUUCUUCAUUGAUCUUUCCUAUUUGUUCAAGACUGAAGUUGAUAAAAAUGAAA